AUGAUGCUGCGGGGAAGUUAUGAGGAUAGCGAUUCAAGGAGGAGGAGGAAGCAGACCUUACAGCCCAUCUCAUGGAAACCACCAAAGAGCCGCCAGGUAGAAAUUGAGAUUAACGCCUCACUUGUUCCGUAUCUAUCCCCAGAAUCUGACAUUCAAGAUGAAGUACUUGUCGCGACGACGAACCUGGAAUUGGAACCAGAGGAAGUCCAGUUCACUGACACCUCGUACACCAGCGCAUCGUUUGAAUCCUUACCACCUAUUGUUGAAGAACCCAAAGCGAAGAAAAAGAAGGGGAAAAAGACAAAAGAAACCGAGGUGAUAUCGAAAAAGGCGAGCAGUGAAAUGUUUCAGUGGUCCGAGGAAUCCUUGGCUGAGGAACAGCUGAAGGUGGAAGAGGAGCCGGUAGAAAGUCCGAAGAAGAAAGGGAAGGGGAAGAAGGGAAAGAAAGAUAAAGAGGAUAUACCUGCCUUCGAGAAGCCGAAAAAUUGGAAAACCAUGAAUAAGAAGGAAAGGGAAGCGUGGAUGCUGCAGAGGAUCGAGGAGUGGAGGGCAGAGAAGGAAGCGGAAAAACAAGCAAUCCUGGCGGGGGCAAAGGAGAAGAGGAUAGCUCUGGCCAAAGAAAGGGCGGAGCUGAUGGCCAAAGACAACGCCGAACAGGAAAUAAGAAGGGAUAUACUGCAGAAGAUCGUAAAUCUGUUUCAUCUGUUCGAGAAGAGAAAAAUGGACUUCGAAAACAAAAAGCAGCUCGAAGCCGAGUGGCAGCAAUACCUUCGUUGCGACGGUCUCCCGGAUCCUCGGGUGGUGACACAGAUGAACACGUACCUCCACGUGUGGAAGGGAAACUCUGCGUGCGACGACGAAGAACUUAACCGGAGAUGCGUGGAAGUUUUACCGAUGCUGGAAAUGUUAGAAGAGUUCGUAGCCAAUUCUCGACAAUAUACUCCGUUGCAAGCCCAAAGUUAUAACGAGGUCCGCUUAGAGUUACGUGAGCAGCUCUCGAGCGCAAUACAGUACGCUUCGUAUUCUCUGCUCAGAGAUUUGGAGAAGAAUCUUAAGUUUCAUUCGAUCAAGCUGGCGACUUACGAGAGGGAAUUCAAGGGUCUCCGUCUGAACCUGUGGGUCGCGGUCAGGAUGCCGACCAGGAAACCUAAGCCCUUGGAGCCGGAUCCAGAGCCAGUCGAGCUAUCCUUUCCGUCUAUGAGCGUCGCUGUGAAGCUGCCCAAGGUCAUAGACGGGUCGUGCGUGUGUGUGCGCGCCGCCAGAUCCUUGAUUGACUUGCUCAGCGAGAGCACUAGGUCCUACGGGCUUGCUGCGGAGAUGCCCAAUAGAUACGAAGAUUUAUUCGUGUUCAAUGUUAAAGAACACGUGGAGACGUACAAACUGAAGAAGGAGCAGGACGAUAUAAGGAACAAAUUCUACAAAGAAAUACAACAGAAGAUACGCGAAGUGGAGAACUUCUUGAAGGCUAAUCCUUACACGAAAAAUGAGAAAGAGAAAGAGGAAUUGGACAAUCUGAACAUGGCCGAGCCCCCCUUCUUACCGGAUCCGAGGACCUUCAUGGCUGAGCAGAACGAUUUGGCCUUCAAGAAAUAUCUGAAGACCUGUUCAGUGAAGACCAGGUCGGGCGAAGUUAAUCUGAGAAAAUAUAGGAUAUGCGGUGGAGUGCUUAAUCUGGAUCUCCUCACGACGCCUCCGCAACCGAAGCGAAUGAGGGAUUCUGUUACCCUCACCACGUUACAGCUGCCGAAGACACUGCAGCCGAUGAAGUAUCAGAUACAGUACCGCGCGCCCUCUCCUCCCCCGGCGGGGGUGACGCGCACCCCAGAGGAAAUCGAGGCAGAGAUAAAGAGAGUCGAAACGGAAUAUGAAAAAUUGGCUCUUGUUUUUAUCGACUUACCCCAGAGCGUUAUGUGGACCGAACCACCGGUUGUCUGUCAGUGGCAAGAAGCUCGGAAGCUGUGGACGAGCAACUACAUAAACGAUUAUAAGUUCAACGAGGAUAAGCUUACGGUUCAAUUUCGUACUGGAGUCUUAUGGCCAAUUGGGAUAGCAGCUUUGAGAUACAGCAAUUUGCCUUACCAGGGUUGGGAUAUGCGACCGGACCCGGAAAGCAAAGGCGUGUUGAUUUCGGUAACGGGAGUCAGCGUUACAAUGACCUGGCUUUGCCUGGGCAAUUCGGUCAGGCUGAAAUGGAUUGCAAACGCAACUACAUCAGCCUUGAAGGAGUACUUCAAUAAGCCAUUCAGCGUCAAGCGAAUGGUUCAGAUAAUGCGCGAGGCAGCCUGCGACUUCUUUCCUGAUUUCGACGCGUACAACCAAGUCGAAGGUAGCUGCCCUAAAGAGUGGCCCGCGGAGCGUCACAAUUACCACGCGAUGGCGUUUCUUUCGCGGGCCUAUAACUUUCAAUGGAGCCGAUGGAACGCGGCGGCUGGAAGACGAAAUAUAGUCAUGCAAAUACGCGAAGCUGUUGAUAAAAAGAGAGAGGCUAAAUUUCAACUUUUGCUCGUGACACCGCAACAGGCGAGCAUCUUGCAAGCGAACGAAUUGAGCCAAGAAUUCAGCUGUGAACCAAUUCUGGGAUUUCAAUUUUACACGGAUCUGUUCGCUUUGAACAUGUCGUACGGGUCUGUUGACGCGAGACGGGGCGCCUUCAGUGUGAAAUACAAGCUCGUCGAGACCGUGUUCGAAAUGCUUCAAGAAUUGAAAUUGUCGAGUUUCUCGUGAAUUCGUAAAAGCGACUCAAAUAAAAGGAACGUUAG